AAUUUAUAGAAAAUAUCAAAUCGUAUAGAGCUUUUAUAGGCACGUCUCCAUAUAAAUGCCCGUUGAUUCCGCUACCUUGUUCCGAUUCCAGCCGCCUUCUUGUGAAUCUUCUGCUCGCCGCCGGUGCUCCUGCUUUCUGCUGGGUGGUCUCUGUAACCGAGGCGAACGAGGGCCGAAGAAGCGGGGAUCGGAGUUGGAGCGACGGCGUGGAGGAUGGGCAUCCCGAGCGACGAGGUCGUGAUCAUUCGGCCACCGGAGAGCCCGGGAGGCCCGAGCUUGAUCACCGUCAGCUGCCCCGAUAAGACCGGCCUCGGAUGCGACCUCUGCCGCGUCAUUCUGCUCUUCGGGCUGAGCAUUGUGCGGGGAGAUUUCAGCACGGAUGGGAGAUGGUGCUAUGUGCUGUUGUGGGUUGCGGAGAGAGGGAGGAAGGAGACGAGGUGGGACUUGUUGAAGAAGAGACUUGUGGCAGUCUGCCCGUCGGUUUCGCCACCGUUGGUGAGUGAAAUCAAUAGCAGUGAUCAAGAGAUGGAUGCGGAGCAGAAACCGCAGGUCUUUCUGCUCAAGUUUUCCUGCUACGAUAGGAUGGGCCUUUUGCACGAUGUGACUGAGGUAUUAUGUGAGUUGGAGCUUACAAUUCGGAGGGUGAAGGUAUCCACGACACCAGAUGGGACAGUCAUGGACCUGUUCUUAAUCACAGACACCCGGGAACUUCUACACACACAGAGCAGGAGGGAAGAUGCAUGCAAUCGGCUCAGAGCUAUUUUAGGAGAUUCUAUGUGCAGUUGUGAGAUUGAACUGGCAAGUGAAGAAAUUGCUUCUUGUUUGCAAGCAUCAUCUUCUCUACCGCCUUCUAUAACAGAGGAUAUGCUUACCCUAGAAAUCCAGGAUGAAUCUUCCAACGCUGUUCCUCAGUCCUCUUUUCUCUCAGUUUCAGUCGACAACUCUCUCAGCCAUGCUCAUUCUCUUAUUCAAAUCCAAUGUUAUGACCAUAAGGGCCUGCUCUAUGACAUCAUGAGAACUCUCAAAGAUUACAACAUGCAGGUCUCAUACGGGCGAUUCAAUACAAAGGAAAAUGGAAACUGCAACGUAGAUUUACUUGUGGUUCAAAAUGACGGAAAGAAGAUUGUUGAUCCAAACAAACAGGUUGCCCUUUGUUCUCGCUUGAGGAUGGAGCUUUCUAGUCCUUUGCGUGUGACUUUGGUUAGCCGGGGUCCCGACAUAGAACUUUUAGUAGCAAAUCCAGUUGAAAUAUGUGGCAAGGGUCGGCCUCUUGUCUUCUAUGAUAUCACUUAUGCACUCAAACUACUCGAGAUAAGAAUUUUUCUGGCAGAGAUUGGCAGGCAUGUCAUCGGCGACAGAGAAUGGGAAAUCUACAGAGUUCACCUUGGAGAUGAUCAUGAGCUCUGUGCAUCAAAGGACAAAAUUGUUGACGGAGUCACAAAAAUGUUAAUGGGUUGGCACUAACCUUAACCUGAGCUCAAGUUUUACUGUAAAUGAAAGCCCGCGUAACUACCGAACAUCUAAAUAAAACAUAACCGAUAUGGUUCCCACCAAUUCUAGUAUGGUGACUCUAGGCAACAGGGAUACUUAACCUGCCAUCUAAAGUGGAAGUAGAAGAUGAAAGCCUCAAAGGCUAAAAAAUGUAACUGCUCUUUAAAGAUCAAGAAUUAACUAAUUUCGACUUGUUUAUGUGUGUAUCUUAUGUU